AUGUUUAGGCUGAGCUCCGGCUCGAUCAAGAAUGGAGCACCGUGUCGAGGUGAUGCCAGAAAACAGCACCAAGCACGGUCGAUCGAACAUCAUCAGAGGAAUUCUACUGCUGCUCUUUGGAAUCGUGAUCGGAGUCUUGGCCGUUACAGCGAUUUACGAAAUAUGUGCAACGAUAUCUCGAAUGUCCCUUCAGCCAAUGAACUCUACGUUUCGGAAGAGCCUGACGAUGUUAAUGCGAGAUUCGUUUGCAAGAAAGACGCCAAUGAA